CUUAGGACAGUGCCUGACACAGCUGUGAAUGCUGUAUUAGAAUUGGCCAUUAUAAUGAUUAUUAAAUUUCAAACAUCAUGGUGCUUAUAUUCAAGCUACUAUAUAAAAGUUGUGUCAACUAGCUUCUUCUAUUUUAGGGGACAGUGAUGGUAAAAGACAGUCUCAUUACAUAAUGUUACCUAUUAGGAAGGCCCUAGAUCAUAGUCCAAGGAGGUUUUUUUUUCCAGGGGCUCAGACUAAGACACUUAGGGGUGGGAUAAUAGAGAAUGGGGACCUAAGGAUGAUACCAAAAUCUUGAGUCUGGGUAACUAAAUAUGGUUCCACUUACAAAUAGAAAAGCUGGCUUUAAGGAGAGAUUUUAAGCGGAAGAGUUUUAAAGGAGUGGAUAGAAGCAGAAUUUUUUAAAAUUUAAUAGCUUUUUUGAGGUACAAUUUACAUACCAUAAAAUUCACCCAUGUUCAUUAAAUAAUUUAAUGAUUUUUUAGUAAAUUUACAGAGUUGUGCAACUAUUACCACAAUCCACUUAGAGAACAUUUCCAUCAUCCUAAAAAGAUCCUUGUAUCCAUUUUCAGUCAUUCCUGUUCCAACCCCCAGUCUGUUCUAUUGGUUUUUUGAAAGUAAUUAUUCAAAGUAAUUUUUCUUUUGCAGGAUGGCAUAGUGAAUCCAACAAUAAGAAAAGAUUUGAAAACUACACCAAAAUUCUACUGUUGUCCAAUUGAAGGAUGCCCCAGAGGCCCUGACAGACCAUUUUCUCAGUUUUCUCUUGUAAAACAGUCACUUUUGGUUCUUCUAGCACUUUAUGAAAAUGCAUGCUGAGAAGAAGCAUAAGUGUAGUAAGUGCAGCAAUUCCUAUGGCACCGAGUGGGACUUGAAAAGACACGCAGAGGACUGCGGCAAGACCUUCCAGUGCACGUGUGGCUGUCCGUACGCCAGCAGAACGGCACUGCAGUCACACAUCUACCGGACUGGCCAUGAGAUCCCUGCAGAGCACAGGGAUCCACCUAGUAAGAAAAGGAAAAUGGAAAAUUCCAUGCACAGCCAGAAGUUGUCCAGUAAGACCACUGAAUCAUUGAUCAGUAAGCCAAACCCUAGACCAGACACUCAAGAACUAGAAACUUCAGAAAUAAAACUAGUAGCUUCUUUUGAAGACUCUUGCAGCUCUAAUGCCAGAAAACAGACUCUUACAACACCUCCAAGAUAUCCUCAGAAGUUGCUUCUACCAAAGCCCAAGGUCGCUUUGGUUAAACUACCUGUUAUGCAGUUGUCUCCUAUGCCUGUCUUUGUGCCUACAGCUGACUCCUCGGCCCAGCCUGUGGUGGUAGGUGUCGAUCACCAGGGUUCUGCCACAGGUGCUGUGCACUUACUUCCCUUGUCAAUAGGAACCCUGGUUCUCGGCCUAGAUUCAGAGGCUUGCUCUCUUAAGGAGAGCCUUCCUUUUUCAAAAAUUGUAAAUCCUGUUGCUGUUGAGCCAAUUAGUACAGGUGUUCAGGUGAACCUGGGUAAAAGUCCAUCUAAUACUUUACAAGAACUAGGGAAUACAUGUCAAAAGAACAGCAUUUCUUCAAUCAAUGUACAGACAGAUCUGUCUUAUGCCUCACAAAACUUUAUGCCUUCUGCACAGUGGGCUCCCCCAGAUUCCUCUGUAUCAUCUUGCUCUCAAACGGACUUGACGUUUGGUUCUCAAGUUUCACUUCCCAUUAGUGUUCAUACUCAGACAUUUUUGCCCAGUUCUAAGGUAACUUCAUCUAUAGCCGCACAGACCGAUGCCUUUAUAGAUGCUUGUUUCCAGUCCAGUGGAAUUUCCAGAGAAACCCAGACCAGUGGAAUGCCGAGUUCUGCAGACAACCGAGUACAGAUGGACCAAGCUGUAAUGUGUGGAGACAUUUUUGAGAGUGUCCAUUCAUCAUACAGUGUUUCCACAGACCAUAUUAUAAGCAACAGUUUAGUAGCAGACACUGUAACUCAUGGUUUGUUACCUCAGAACAACCCAAAGACUCUAAAUCAAGAUAUGGAGAAAUCUGCACCAGUUAUAAACUUCAAUGCACAGAAUAGUAUGCUUCCUUCACAAAACAUGACAGAUAAUCAGACCCAAACCAUAGACCUAUUAAGUGACCUAGAAAAUAUCCUGUCAAGUAAUCUGCCUGGUCAAACAUUAGAUAACCGUAGUCUCUUGUCUGACGCUAAUACUGGACCUGACACACAGCUCCCAUCUGGCGCAACCCAGAAUCCGGGAAUCGAUUUUGAUAUUGAAGAGUUUUUUUCGGCCUCAAAUAUCCAAACUCAAACUGAAGAGAGUGAACUUAGUAACAUGAACACUGAGCCAGUCUUAGAAUCACUGGACAUAGAGACCCAAACAGACUUUUUACUUGCAGAUACCUCUGCUCAGUCCUACACCUGUAGGGAGAAUUCAAACUUCUUAGGCCUUGAAAUGUUUGAUACGCAGACACAGACAGACUUAAACUUCUUUUUAGACAGUAACCCUCAUCUGCCUCUGGGAAGUAUUCUGAAACACUCCAGCUUUUCAGUGAGUACUGAUUCAUCUGACACAGAAACCCAGACAGAAGGAAUCUCCACUGCUAAAAACAUACCUGCUUUAGAAAGCAGAGUGCAGUUGAAUAGUACAGAAACCCAGACCAUGAGCACUGGUUUUGAAACGUUGGGGAGUUUGUUCUUCACCAGCAAUGAAACUCAAACAGCAAUGGAUGACUUUCUUCUAGCCGAUUUGGCCUGGAACACAAUGGAGUCUCAGUUCAGUUCUGUAGAAACCCAGACGUGUGCGGAACUACACACAGUCUCCAACUUCUGAGAGUGGAGUCCCCACGUGGGGUGGGAUUUACAAUUUCCUCCUGGAUUUAGAAAAUGGGGAAUGGGGACAACAGUAUUAGUUGAUUAUGCAGUUGCUUAGAUUCUUUGCCUUCUGUACUUGUAAACAUGAAUUUAUAUAUAAAUGUAAGUGUAUUAUAAAGUGUAAGAUGUUGAUUUAAAAGUGAUUUUUUUGUGUGUUGCCUAGCAUUGCUCCUUCACAGUUGGUCUUUCCAUCAUUAAAAAAAAAAAAAAGUAUUUCACACCUUUAGAAACAAUAUAUAGCCAUUUAGCUGAAGCCAAGCUUACCAGGUAAUAGGGUACAAACUUUUCAAAUCUUCAAAACGUUUUAGUUGAAGUGUAACUUAAAUUGUACCUAAAAUAUCUUUUCGACAGUGCUUGUUAGAAAUUCCUGUUUCCUGAUAAUAUCUAACAUAGAUUUAAACAACAGCGCUCAAUGUGGUUUGAGACUCAUGCCGCUUGCAGCUUCAUCUGCUUUAACAUGUCCAUCUUUUCUGAUUCGAAGACACAAAGGAAAACUACAGCUGUCUUUAACUUUUGAAAUAGUGUUCAUGUAGUCGAUGCCAUCUGUACUCUAGGUGAACUAUGAUUGAUACCAAUAUAAGUGUAUAGUACUUUCUUCACAAGAGGUUUGUGGCUGUAAAAUUACCAUUUCAAGACCCUAUUAUUUUCUGCUUUGAUUUUUUUUUUUUUGAUACCAUGUGUUUUCAUUAAUGGAAACAUGCUGAGUCAUGGAGUGUGUUUAAAUUUUUUGGUUGGUAAUAUGGAUUCUGAGAAAUACUUGGGAAUACAUGGGUCCUACAAACCUCGAGGGGUUCUCGGGCACCAGGAUUGGUGGGUGCCCAUCUGUCCCACUGGUUAUGGCUGGUAGGAUUUUUUGUGAUUAAAAAAACAAACCAAACCUACCAGGGCUCCCUAACUACCACAAGGAAACCAUAAAUAUGCUUACAAGUUUUAUCUAGCUGUACAAAAGCCAAAAGAGAAAAAAUUUUUACCCAAUCACACUUCUUGGAUGGACUACCUCACAUUUAAGGCCGAUAACCCAACUAUUUUCCUUCAGUGAACAUUUCUUUCACUGUUAUGCAAGUCCCCACUGGAGGGCAGCAAAUUCUUUUAGCAGGAAAAGUAGAGUCCCAAGAAAUCAGAGAGUCAGAAAAAGUAGGUGGGAUAUCAUGUGUCCCACAGGUCAUGAAAGGGUUAAAAGAAUAAUAGUACUUAUAUGUAAAUAGUGAUCCUUCUAGUUCUUUCUUUUUUUUUAGUCAUCCAAACUGGAAACACUGAGUUUUGGAACCACCUGUUAGUUCAUGUGGAGCAUGCCCCACAAACAUCCUUCCUGCUCUCCACAGUAGGCUAGAGUGGUGCCCAAGAGCUGCUUCCCAAAGUGCAUUCACAGGCUGGAUCUGAGUUGUGUCUAAAAAUGGAUGGGAAGAGAAAUGGACAUUCCCCCCUAAAUUUCAAUGCUCUGCACUUCUACUAAGCUUACUGGGGCAAGUGCAAUAUGCAGUUACUUCAAGUAACUCCCCUUCCUUUCAUCCACUAAUCAUUUGCUUGAAUAAGCAAAGACAUUGGACUAGCAAGAAUAUUCAUAUGUGUGCCUUGGGGCUAGCAAUUACAGAAUAGAUCCAUCUAAAAUAUGCUAUUCUGCUUUUUUUUUUUUUUUUUUAAAAAAAGAGUGAUACCAAACGGUCUU